CUCGCCUUAAUGGUACAGUCCACCGCCGGCGCCCAGCGGGCGGAAGUGAGCCGCGGGGCGGGACCUGUUGUUCUGGGCGACGGAAGUGCGACGGUCGGAGGUUGAGCGGGCUUUUUGGAAGUCUGUGGUGCGGUGAGGCUGAGUUUCCUGAUAUGUGCAACAAUGGACCAGAAAAUUCUGUCUCUGGCAGCAGGAAAAUCAGUAGACAGACUGCAGGAAUUUCUUCAAACCCUGAAAGAAGAUGAUCUGGUUAACCUCCUUCAGAGUGAGGCAGUGAAAGGAGAAGCUGUUGGAGCAUUCCUGAGAGCCAUCUUCAAGGGUUCCCCCUGCUCUGAGGAAGCUGGAGCUCUUAGGAGACUUAAGAUAUACACUUGUUGUAUCCAGUUGGUGGAGUCAGGGGAUUUGCAGAAUGAAGUUGCAUCCGAGAUCAUAGGAUUACUAAUGCUGGAGGCCCACAAUUUUCCAGGACCAUUGUUGGUUGAAUUAGCCAAUGAGUUUGUUGAUGCAAUCAAAGAAGGCAGACUAAUGAAUGGAAAAUCUUUGGAGUUAUUACCCAUCAUUCUCACUGCCCUUGUUACCAAAAAGGAAAAUCUGGCUUAUGGAAAAGAUGAACUUAGUGGGGAAGAAAGUAAGAAGCAGUUGAUUAACACUCUCUGUUCUGGCAGAUGGGAUCGGCAAUAUGUCAUUCAGCUCACUUCCAUGUUCAAGGAUGUCCCUCUGACUGCAGAAGAGGUGGGAUUUGUGAUGGAAAAAGUGUUGAAGAUGUUCUCCAAGUUGAAUCUUCAAGAAGUACCACCUUUGGUCUAUCAGCUUCUGGUUCUCUCCUCAAAGGGAAACAGAAAGAAGAUUUUGGAAGGAAUCAUAGCUUUCUUCAAUGAGCUAGACAAGCAGCACAACAAAGAAGAGAGUGGUAACGAGCUCUUGGAAGUUGUUACCGUGCCAUCAGGUGAACUUCGUCAUGUGGAAGGCACUGUUAUUCUGCACAUUGUGUUUGCCGUCAAAUUGGACUGUGAACUAGGCAAAGAACUUCUGAAACACUUAAAGGCAGGACAGCAAGGAGAUUUCAGUAAUAAUAUAUGUCCCUUCAGCAUUGCCCUCCUGCUUUCUCUCACGAGAAUACAAAGAUUUGAGGAACAGGUAUUUGACCUUUUAAGGACUUCAGUUAUAAAAAACUUUAAGGAUCUUCAGCUUCUCCAAGGCUCAAAAUUUCUUCAGAAUCUAGUCCCUCAUAGAUCUUGUGUUUCAGCCAUGAUCUUGGAAGUGGUACAGAAUAGUGUUCAUAGCUGGGAUCAUGUUACUCAGGGCCUAGUAGAGCUUGGCUUCAUUUUAAUGGAUUCAUAUGGGCCAAAGAAGAUUCUUGAUGAACCUAUUGAAACCAGCUUAGGUCUUUCUAAAACACCAAAGCAACAUGCAUGUACGCUGGGAGCUAAUAUCCUGUUGGAAACUUUUAAGAUCCAUGAAAUGAUCAGACAAGAAAUUCUGGAGCAAGUCCUCAACAGAGUUGUUACCAGAGCAUCCUCCCCCAUCAGCCAUUACUUAGACUUGCUUUCAAAUAUCAUCAUGUGUUCACCGUUAGUUCUUCAAAGUUGUUCUUCUAAAGUCACAGAGACGUUUGACUAUUUAUCCUUUCUGCCCCUUCCAACUGUACAAGGGCUGCUGAAGGCAGUGCAGCCCCUUCUCAAAGUGAGCAUGUCAAUGAGAGACUCCCUGAUACUUGUCCUUCGGAAAGCUAUGUUUGCCAGCCGGCUUGAUGCCCGAAAAUCUGCAGUUGCUGGGUUUUUGCUCCUCUUGAAGAACUUUAAGGUUUUAGGCAGCCUGUCGUCCUCUCAGUGCAGUCAGUCCAUCGGCGUGAGCCAGGUCUUCGUGGAUGUCCACAGCCGUUACAAUUCUGUCGCCAAUGAAACUUUUUGCCUUGAGAUCAUGGAUAGUUUGAGGAGAUGUUUAGGCCAGCAGGCUGAUGUUCGACUCAUGCUUUAUGAGGGGUUCUAUGAUGUCCUUCGAAGAAACUCUCAACUGGCUAAUUCAAUCAUGCAUACUCUGCUCUCACAGUUAAAACAGUUCUAUGAGCCACAACCUGAUGUGCUGCCACCUCUGAAAUUAGAAGCUUGUAUUCUGACCCAAGGAGAUCAGAUCUCUCUGCAAGAACCACUGGAUCAUCUGCUGUGUUGUAUUCAGCACUGUUUGGCCUGGUAUAAAAGUAGAGUGUUGCCCCUACAGCAGGAAGAAGAGGAGGAAGAAGAAGGAUUCUACCAAGACUUAGAUGAUAUGCUGGAGUCUAUUACUAGUAGAAUGAUUAAGAGUGAACUGGAGGACUUUGAACUGGAUAAAUCAGCAGAUUUUUCUCAGAGCACUGGUAUCGGCAUCAAAAAUAACAUCUGUGCUUCUCUUGUGAUGGGUAUUUGUGAGGUUCUGAUAGAGUAUAAUUUCUCCAUCAGCAAUUUCAGUAAGAAUAAGUCUGAGGAGGUUCUGAGCUUAUUUACGUGUUUCAAGAAACUCUCUGACAUUCUUAACGAAAAAGCGGGUAAAGGCAAAACUAAAAUGACCAGCAAAACACAUGAUAGUUUUUUGUCCAUGAACUUUGUGUCUGAGCUGCUCACUGCUCUUUUCAGGGACAGUACACAAAGCCACGAAGAGAGCCUGUCUGUCCUAAGGUCCAGUAGUGAGUUUAUGCACUAUGCAGUGAGCGUGGCUCUACAGAAGGUACAGCAACUGCAGAAAACAGGGCAUGUGAGUGGCCCUCAUGGCCAAAACCCAGAGAAGAUCUUUCAGAACCUCUGUGACAUAACUCGGGUCUUGCUUUGGAGAUACAUUUCCAUUCCUACCUCAGUGGAAGAGUCAGGAAAGAAAGAGAAAGGAAAGAGCAUCUCGCUGCUGUGCUUGGAGGGUCUGCAGAAGAUCUUCAGUGCCGUGCACCAGUUCUAUCAACCCAAGAUUCCCCUGUUCCUCCGGGCUCUGGAUGGUCUAGAUGAUGAGGGAGAAGACGUGGAAGUCAGUGUCACUCAAAGAGCAGCAUUCCAGAUCCGGCAGUUUCAGCGGUCCUUGUUGAAUUUACUUAGCAGCCAAGAGGAAGACUUUAAUAGCAAAGAAGCCGUCCUCCUCGUCAGUGUUAUCGCCAGCUUGUCCAAGCUGCUGGAACCCUCCUCCCCUCAGGUACAAGCACCACUCACUAGGUCCCACCUAGCAUCUCUCAGAAGGCCCAAGUUUGCGCAGAUGUUAUCCUGGACGUCUAAGAUUUGCAAGGAAAAUAGCCGGGAGGAUGCCUCGUUUUGCAAGGGUUUGAUGAAUUUGCUCUUCAGCCUGCAUGUUUUAUAUAAGAGUCCUGUGACCCUGCUGCGGGACUUGUCCCAGGAUAUCCACGGGCAUCUUGGAGACAUAGACCAGGAUAUAGAGAUGGAGAAAACAAACCACUUUGCGAUGGUGAAUUUGAGAACAGCUGCACCUACUGUCUGCUUACUUGUUCUGAGUCAGGCUGAGACGGUCCUAGAAGAAGUAGACUGGCUAAUCAUCAAGCUUAAGGGACAGUUGAGCCAAGAAACCGUAUCAGAAGAGGCGUCUUCUCAGGCAACCUUACCAAAUCGUCCCAUUGAGAAAGCCAUCAUCAUGCAACUGGGAACUCUGCUCACAUUUUUCCAUGAGCUGGUGCAGACAGCCCUGCCAUCGGGCAGCUGUGUGGAUACCUUGUUAAAGGACCUUUGCAAGAUGUACACCAUUCUUACAGCACUUGUGAGAUAUUAUCUCCAGGUAUAUCGGAACUCCAGAGGAAUUCCAAAGAUUAUGGAAAAGCUGGUGAAGCUGUCGGGUUCUCAUCUGACCCCCCUAUGCUAUUCUUUCAUUUCUUACGUACAGAACAAGAAGACUAGGAGCCUAAAACAUACAGGAGGAAAGAAAAAGGAGAAAGCCGCUGCUGUUGCCAUGGCCAUGGCCAGAGUUCUUCGGGAAACCAAGCCAAUCCCAAAUCUCAUUUUUGCCAUUGAACAGUAUGAAAAAUUUCUCAUCCAACUUUCCAAGAGGUCCAAGGUGAACUUGAUGCAGCACAUGAAGCUCAGCACCUCGCGGGACUUCAAGAUCAAAGGAAACAUCUUGGACAUGGUUCUCCGAGAGGACGAGGAUGAGGAAGAUGAACAUGACGAGGACACUGCAUCAGAGCACGAGGGACAGAACAAAGAACCAGCCAAGAAGAAAAGAAAAAAAUAAAUGCCUGAGUUAAUGUGAA